GAGGGGGUUGGGCGAUUCACACCAGCUCCAGGCUAGAGAAAGCUAUCGGCUUCCCACCACCAACCACCAUAUCCUUCACCCACCCACCCACUGCCCGCAGGAUAACGAGCUCAGAGUGAUGGAGGCCUCCUGGCUGGAGAAUCGCUGGGCGCGGCCCUUACACCUGGCUUUGGUGUUCUGCCUGGCGCUGGUGCUGAUGCAGGCCGUGAAGCUCUACCUGAGAAGACAGAGGCUGCUGCGCGACCUGCGCCCCUUCCCGGGUCCUACCGCCCACUGGCUCCUGGGACACCAGAAGCUUCUUCAGGAGGAUAAUAUGGAGAAGCUUGACGAGAUUGUCAAAAAGUACCCUUGUGCCUUCCCCUGCUGGGUAGGACCCUUCCAAGCAUUUUUCUACAUCUAUGACCCAGACUACGCAAAGAUUUUUCUGAGCAGAACAGACCCAAAGACCCAGUACCUGCACCAGCUCAUGACCCCCUUUCUUGGAAGAGGACUCCUGAAUUUAGAUGGGCCCAGGUGGUUCCAACACCGCUGCCUCCUGACUCCUGCGUUCCAUCAGGACAUCCUAAAACCAUGUGUGGACAUGAUGGCCCACUCUGUGAACGUGAUGCUGGAUAAAUGGGAGAAGACGUGGACCACGCAGGAAACAACCAUCGAGGUUUUUGAACACAUUAACUUGAUGACCCUGGACAUAAUAAUGAAGUGUGCUUUUGGCCAGGAGACCAACUGCCAGAUAAACGGCACCUAUGAGUCUUAUGUGAAGGCAACAUUUGAACUUGGUGAAAUCAUAUCUUCUCGCUUGUACAAUUUCUGGCAUCAUCAUGACAUAAUUUUCAAACUCAGUCCUAAGGGCCACUGCUUCCAGGAGUUAGGCAAAGUGAUACAUCAAUGCACAGAAAAGAUAAUCCAGGACAGAAAGAAAACCCUCAAGGAUCAAGUAAAUCAGGAUGACACUCAAACAUCUCAAAAUUUUCUGGAUAUUGUUCUUUCUGCCCAGGCUGGAGAUGAAAAGGCCUUCUCGGAUGCUGACCUUCGGGCAGAGGUGAACACCUUCAUGUGGGCAGGACACGACGCCUCUGCAGCCAGCAUCUCCUGGCUCCUUUACUGCCUGGCUCUGAACCCUGAGCAUCAAGACAGAUGCCGGACAGAGAUCAGGAGCAUCCUGGGAGAUGGGUCUUCCAUCACCUGGGAACAGCUGGAUGAGAUGCCAUACACUACAAUGUGCAUCAAGGAGACACUCCGCUUGAUUCCUCCCGUCCCAUCCAUCUCCAGGGAACUCAGCAAACCCCUUACCCUCCCAGAUGGACACUCGCUGCCUGCAGGAAUGACUGUGGUCCUUAGUAUUUGGGGUCUCCACCACAAUCCUGCUGUCUGGAAAGACCCAAAGGUCUUUGACCCUUUGAGAUUCACUAAGGAGAAUUCUGAACAGAGACACCCCUGCGCCUUCCUACCAUUCUCCAGUGGUCCAAGGAAUUGCAUCGGGCAGCAGUUUGCCAUGCUGGAGUUAAAGGUGGCCAUUGCCUUGACUCUGCUCCGCUUCCAAGUAGCUGCAGACCUCACCAGGCCUCCUGCCUUCUCCAGCCACACUGUGCUCAGACCCAAGCAUGGAAUCUAUUUGCACCUGAAGAAACUCCCUGAAUGUUAGGUACCAGGGGGAGUGACUAGAUUUCUGUGUGUUAAGUUAAAUUUACAGCCGAUGGUCCAGGCAGAUGGUGAAGACUCUAAGACUGAUUGGAGAGUUGGAGGACUGUGGGUUGGGGC